GCCUCAAAAAGAAAAAAGAAAAAAGACGCGAGCUGCCUCGUCCUCUUCUUCCCCGGCCCCCAAAUCUCACACAGCGCCGGCCACCCCGCCGGAAUCCGGCUCCACCAGUCGCCCCCCUCCAAGCCGCGGUUCACUCGCCGAUCCAUCGCCUUCUUUCGUGCGCGGGGCGGCCGGGGGCCCGGCUGCUCUGUCCGGUGACGCCGGCGGCUGGAGCGGGAGACGGCAGCGGAGGUCGCCGGGGACAGGGGGAUGGAGGCCGCCGUACUGGACCCCCUCGGUGGCCAAGCGCGAGCUGCGGAGCGCUGGGAGGCGCCGGCGUCGACCGUGCACCAUGGCAAUGGUGAAGAUGCUGCUGCAGAUGAUGACUCCUGGUGUGAGGCUUCAGAUUCUCCAGGACAUGAUUCCAGCUUACACAGAGAAUGGACCCACAGGCAGGACCAGUUUCAUAAGAUGGGCUAUAGGGAUGGUAUAACAGAAGGGCAGAAAGAUGUUGCCCAAGAGGGGUUCAACCUUGGGCAUAGGCAAUCUGCGCAUGUUGGAUACAAGUGGGGUCUUGUUCGGGGGGUUACUAGCAGUGCAUUUGCUAGUCUUCCCGACAGUCUAAAAGAAAAGUUGCUGCUCGACGGCCAGCGUAGAGGAAAACUUGAAGGUUUGCACAACUCCGUGCAAGAAAUUUCAGCACAGGGUGCUCUGCAGCUGUUUCACGAGAGUACUCUUAAGGAUAAUCUUCGACCAGAGGAAAGCAAGCUCCAAACAAUUACAAAGGACCUUCUACUGUUUUUGCACGAAUGCCCUGAUGUUCAUGUUAGUGAAGAGUUGAAACGAGUUCCAUAAGCAAGGUCAUACAUGAAAUUGCAGGCACCACUGAUUUCGAAGUCAGGUAGAAUCACUUAGACCGAGUCUUCUGAAGGAUGUAAUUGUAAUCAUAUCUUUCUUUAUGGUGUCACCCUUUCUUUGCUAUAAUCAUAUCUUUCUUCCUGAGUUUUGCA